AUGAAGUUUUAGGUUAUGAUGCUGAAAAUUUCUAAAUAAUAUUUAAAUUCAAUAAGUAAAUUAGUUUCUUUUGAAUUUUAAAAAUCUUCUUAAGUUAAAUUUGUUGGAGAUAAGGAUAUUUAAUAAACCGAAACAUUAUUUGAUGAAGCAGAACAAGGUUUAUAAUAUAUUUAUUAAGAACUUCAUCACCAAUCGAUUCGUGAGAAAACACAUAAACAACUUAUUGUAAGUACAGAAAAUAAACUUAGUAUUUGUUCUUUUAUUAAAAUCAUUGUAUUAAUUUGCGUUUUUGGUGUUUAAUUAUAUGCAAUUUUAAGUUGGUUUAAAGAUGGAAAUUAUAAACCCGUAGUUUAAGUAAAAAAUUGA